ACCGCCCACGCGGCUCUCUCACAGACGCACACACACAGGACACGCAGUAGUCACUCACACACUAUAAAAUAUUUCAUAGUCAGAGCUUAAUUACGCACCAAAAAAAGGAAAAAAGAAGAAGAAAAAAAUCUGUGGUUGAUGGCUUCUGAAGUGGCGGAGAAAGAACGCAAGAUUCUGGUUGCAGUGGAUGAAGGGGAGGAGAGCUCCUAUGCUUUGUCAUGGUGUCUCUCCAACAUUGUCAAUGAAAAUUCCAAAGAUACCCUUGUCCUCGUCUAUGCCAGGCCACCUAGAGCUGUUUACUCUACCCUUGAUGGAUCAGGUGAGGAAGGCCGCCUCCCAGGGUAUUUGUUCUCUUCUGAUAUAUUAGCCUCUAUGGAGAAGUAUAGCCAUGAAGUUGCAGAAUGCGUUCUUGAGAAAGCCCACCGAAUAUGCAAGGACUUUAAUGCCAUUAAAGUGGAGACUAAGGUGGAGCAUGGAGAUCCUAGGGACGUCAUUUGUCAGGUGGCAGAGAAAUUAAACGUUGACUUGGUAGUCAUGGGAAGUCACGGCUACGGGCUCAUCAAGAGGGCAUUUCUUGGCAGUGUGAGCCAUCACUGUGCACAGAACCUGAAGUGUCCAGUUCUGAUAGUGAAAAAGCCCAAAUCCAAUGACGGAAACUAGUUGAUAAAUCUCCUUUCUGUCCUUUUGGUGGAUCUUUUACUCCUUGUAUAGCAAGUUUUCUUUUCUUUUUUUCUCAAAUAACUUCUAUGUUGUUUUUCCUGUUUAACUUGUAUAACAUUUUCCCCAAGUUAUUUUUAAUAUUUUUCCAAGAGCUUCUGACAAUGGAAGCAGCUUAAUGUACUAUGUUGCCGUUCAAGUUUGACAAGGUCUCCAACUGUAAAUUGCUCUGCUCUACUGCAUUUAUGUUCUAUCCAUGUUCA